ACUGGCCCGUUUUCCCAGCUGAACGAACGGAAACUAGCUCAAGAAAACCUCCGCCUGUUCCAUGUAAUGAAUUCGAUGGCCAGCCCAGCUUCAGCUUCGGGACCAGCACCAGCACCAGCACCAGCGCUAAAUUACAGUAUAAAGUGCUGGAGGUAGUACAGAAAACAGCCAAGAGCCUCCCUCUCGUCAGUCUCACUCUCCAAUGCCGUAGGUCACUCUCUUAGUAAGUGACGUCUUUUAAGACAACUCACAUCGUCACACUCUCUCGAUGAACUCAUCGCCACCACAUUCCAAUUGCUCCAAGUGUUGCACAACGCUUUCAUCACCUACACCUGCCUUUUCGUUUCCUCGACUGGUGCCCUUCUCUUCCCUCGUCUUCCUUGGCCCCUCACUCUCCGCGUCGGGGAGCUUUGUCGCGUGACUUGGCCCAAUGCGCCGCCUUUCUCUCCCUAACACAUACUCUGGACAUAGUUUUAAGCUCGGCCAUUCAUCAACACUGAGCGCCGCCCUGCACAAACGGUUAUAGCGGUUUCAGCGAUUGAGCUUCGGCCAUGACGGACGACAAUACAGCGUCGUCCGCCGCCGGGAGACCCGCUACCGGGACAAGCUCCAGCUUCAGUGCCCCGCCUCCCGGUCAUGGACUCCGCCGUGCCAUGACCGUCUCGGUCGCCGAGGAUGCUGCCUCUCGGCGUCAACAUAUGUCACCGCCUGGUUUCGACACGAUACCGCCACGCCGCAGUUCAAACUUUUCAGAGUAUAGUCUCAGCGAAGCUCGAGAUCUUCUGAAUCCCCAGCUUCGAGAUCCCAGCAGCACUGAGUCUUCUCCUGGAGAAACAUCUUCUCUAGCAUCGUUGUCAUUGGCUUUUGCUCUUCUUCCAGCUAUAUCUGGUGUUCUAUUCAAGAAUGGGAACGCUGUAGUAACGGAUGUUAUGUUAUUGGGCUUGGCUGGCGUUUUCCUUCACUGGUCUGUGACACAGCCAUGGGCAUGGUAUCAUUCAGCGCAGGAGGUACGGAUACAGCACGAGUCAACAACCGAUAGUGUUAUCGACGAUGAUAGCGACCUCGACUCGAGCACCCACAUGCCAGCGCCUCACUCGCCGCUUGAUCACGUACCGGAAUACCAAGAAGUUCAGACCGAACCGACUGAGGAAUUGCAGGAUACGAAACCAUCAAACCAGCAGCAGGAAGCUCUUGCGGAACUAUACUAUUACGAAAUAAUCGCCCUAGCCUCGUGUUUCAUUCUUCCACUCCUCGGCGCAUACCUCUUACACGCCAUCCGAUCACAGCUCAGUCGCCCCUCCGAGGGUCUCGUUUCCAACUAUAACUUGACAAUCUUCCUUCUCGUAGCCGAGCUUCGGGUUCUGUCCCACAUGAUAAAGCUGGUUCAGUCGAGGACGCUUCACUUACAACGGGUAGUACAAGGAGGACCAUCCAGAUUCCAGAAAAGUAGUGAGAAUUUGGGACAAUUGGAAUCCGUACUCGCGCGGCUGGAACGACUCGAGUCACGUUUCGCAGCGGAAGAAACCAUGUCUGUCCAAGAAACAAAGCAGGAGAUUAGCAAAGCAAAGCAGAAGGACAGCGUUGUGGCACGCGAUGUGCGUAACGCAAUUCAACCGGAAUUGGACGCGCUCAAUAGGGCUGUUCGUCGUUACGAGAAGAAGGCGACGCUUCUCCAAUUUCAGACAGAGUCGCGCUUCUCAGGGGUCGAUGCAAGACUGGAUGAUGCUAUCGCCCUUGCUGCGAGUGCUGCGAAGAAUAGUGCAUCACAUAAGAACAUGUUUAUGUGGACGGUGGAAUCACUCACCGUCAUUAUCCUUCUCCCGUUCAAAACGCUGCUAAGAAUCAUGCUUUUACCUCUGAGCACACUGUUAGUGCUCACGAGUAAGAGCAAAAAGAAGAGUCCUCCUUCAUCAAAGAUGUCGCGCAGCAGUAGGAACGGGAAGGCGUCUGUGCAACCGAGAUAUAACGGUGAUAGAGUUCCAUCCAGAGUUGCCAAGCGAUAAUGGAGCGUUGCGAUUACGCAUUGUGUAAUAGGCUUUAAUGAUAUUCUUUUUGUCAAUUCUCGAGAAUGAUUCACAGCUAGUAGCCUCAUUGCCGGUGAAUACCUUUCGAGACACACCUACUGAACAUGAGCUCGUAUUGAAUGUUACAGUUACACUUGCU